GUUAGAAAAAUCCUACAUAAAUGAAGAGAUAGGCCUUUGAUAUUGGAAGUUGUUUCCUUCUCUAAUGAUUCUUGUUUUGCAGUCCUAUUAGGGGACUUGCAUACAUGCAACGAACACCUUAUAAUGGGGAUUGACUACUGACCAUAUAUUACGGAUGGGGUUGUGGACGCAGCUGAGGGACCUAGAGAUGGAAAAGCUGGAUGCAAGGACAGUUGUGGCAGUUAUUUUGGGAGGAGGUGCCGGCACUCGUCUCUUUCCUCUCACCAAGCAACGGGCCAAACCAGCAGUAAGUGUCAUUGCAGGAGAAAUGGAGAUCUGAACCUUGAACCUCAUGAUUCUUCAGGUAUUGUGCUUAGGACAAUGUUUCAUGCUUUGUAGGUGCCAAUUGGAGGAGCUUACAGGCUGAUUGAUGUGCCAAUGAGCAACUGCAUUAACAGUGGUAUCAACAAGGUUUACAUUCUCACUCAGUUUAACUCGGCAUCCCUCAAUAGGCAUCUCUCUCGUGCUUACAACUUCGGCAAUGGACUCAGCUUUGGAGAUGGCUACAUGGAGGUGCGUUUCUGAACUGGUAAAAAUGUCCAGAUCUGUGUCUUAGCAGCAUGUAAAAUGGAAGACUUUUCUGUUUGAAAUUAGGUCUUAGCAGCCACUCAAACUCCAGGACAGGCUGGUAAAAGUUGGUUCCAGGGUACUGCAGAUGCUGUGCGACAAUUCCAUUGGCUUUUUGAGGUAAUCGAAAUGACCACAGUUUCUUGAACCCCUGAAUCUUGAAACCCAAACAUAACCAAAAGCAUAUUAUAUAUUCCUGCACUGCUGCAGGAUGCAAGAAGCAAGGACAUAGAGGAUAUACUGAUUUUAUCCGGGGAUCACUUGUACAGAAUGGAUUACAUGGACUUUGUUCAGGUAUGGUCACUGAAUUUGCUUAUACAUUCACUGUUACCAAGUCUCAGAUUGUCAGAUCUCAGUAUUUCUUUCUUCAUUCACAGAAUCAUCGGCAGAGUGGCGCAGACAUCACAAUUUCUUGUCUGCCAAUUGAUGACAGGUAGAUGAUCAUUUUGAUCAUUAUCAAGAAAAAAAGUGGCCCUCAUCUUUUAUAUAUCUCUACUAAAUGAUGGUUCAUUACCUUUGCUGCUGUUUUUUCUGAUAGCCGUGCCUCAGAUUUUGGUCUCAUGAAGAUAGACAACAAAGGAAGGGUUCUGUCAUUCAGUGAAAAGCCGAAAGGACAGGACCUGAAAGCAAUGGUAAUACCCUUUAAAUCCCUGACGGACAUUGCUUUCAAAAUGGUUUAGGAAUUUUUGAUUGUGCUGCUGAAACCAAUGCAUGCUGCUUUAGGCAGUAGAUACAACUGUACUGGGACUCUCAAAGGAUGAGGCUGAUAAGAAACCGUACAUUGCUUCAAUGGGAGUGUAUGUCUUCAAGAAGGAAAUACUUUUGAACCUUCUGAGGUACAAAACACUUGAAGUUACUAAAUAUCAAACAAUGUACUUCACAGUCAUAGAGAUCAGGUUUUUUCUAAAAGAAAUUGAACAAAGAAUAAAACUGUCUUAAUUAA